AUGCGAAACCAACUUCCCACCUCGUCCAGUUCUCCGGCAGUGCAAGAGCUCCAAGAAACCAUCCUCGCGAUCCUUCCGUUCCCAGAGCCGAAGGAGCUGUUCGAUCGCAUCCGUGCCCGCCAUCCAAAGAGCACCGUGAUCUACUUCCAGCCGGAGCCGGAUGUGGACAUCAAGAGCGUGGAGCAGUACUGGCGGCGGGAUGUGCACGUUCCACUCGACCUCUACGAGAAAGCGACCAUAAUCCUCACCCUCCGCACGCUUCCACUGCCCUCGCAAGCCCCCAACCUAAAGCUCGUGCACCUCUUCUCGGCGGGAAUCGACCACAUAGUUUCGCACCCAUUAUACACUUCCUCUACCAUCCCGAUCACGACGUCGAGCGGCAUCCACGCACCGCAGAUCACCGAGCACGUAUUCAUGACGCUGCUGGGGCUCACGCACCACCUGCGCACGCUGCUCGCGUGGCAGCGCGAGCGGAAAUGGGGGUCGCAUGCCGCUAGCGGCGGAUACUUCGGCUCCGUGCACGAUCUGGUGGGGAAGACGCUGGGGAUCCUGGGCUACGGCGCCAUUGGUCGCCAGGCGGGGCGCGUAGGUAAGGCCCUCGGGAUGAGGGUGCUCGCGUUCACGGCCAGUCCGAGGACGACGGAGGAGGCGCGGAGGGAUACGGGGUAUAUCGUCCCUGGCACGGGGGAUGCGGACGGGAGCGUGCCUGAUAGGUGGUUCUCUGGCCUGGAUAAGGAGAGUAGACGCGAGUUUCUGCGCCAGGGCAUCGAUGUGCUGCUCGUGGCCGUGCCGCUGACGGAUGAUACACGCCACUUUUUGGGCGCUGAGGAGUUCGAGAUCUUGGAGAGGCCGCGGCCGGGGAUGGGCGGGAAAGGCGCUUACGUUGUCAAUAUUGCGCGAGGCGGGAUUAUUGAUCAUGAUGCGCUUAUCGCGGCGCUGAAACGGGGGCUGGAGGAGGAGGAGGGCGGUCUGGCCGGCGCGAGUCUCGAUGUUACGGAGCCGGAGCCCCUGCCGGAAAGUAGUGAGCUUUGGGCACUCGAGAAUGUCGUCGUUACUCCGCAUGUGAGUGGUGUCGGCAGUGAGUACAAGGAGAGGUGUCUUGAGGUCAUGGAGAUCAAUCUGGAACGGAUGGAGAGGGGAGUGCCGCUGGUUAAUGAGGUUCGGAGGAGUCGGGGGUAUUAG